GGCUUUCGUACUGGCGCCUAUCUCGGCCUCCGCGCCAGUUUCAGGCUGGUUGGCGCGAGAGAGACUAUCGGACCAUGGCGCCCAUGCAUGGAGAGGACUGUAAACUGGAGACAAGCGCUGUGUCAGAUUCAGGGAGUUUUGCAGCUUCUCGAGCCCGCCGAGAAAAAAAAUCAAAGAAAGGACGCCAAGAAGCUUUAGAGAGACUGAAAAAGGCUAAAGCUGGUGAGAAGUAUAAAUAUGAAGUUGAGGACCUCACAAGUGUUUAUGAAGAAGUUGAUGAAGAGCAGUAUUCAAAACUGGUUCAGGCACGUCAGGAUGAUGACUGGAUCGUAGAUGACGAUGGUACAGGCUAUGUGGAAGAUGGCAGAGAGAUUUUUGAUGAUGACCUUGAAGAUGAUGCACUUGACACCCGUGGGAAAGGUACCUACACUUUAUCAGGUUAUUUGGCAAGAGUAAAGAAGGAUUUUAGAAUAAAUCAGGAAUGGAGACCUUCUCAUGUCAUCUAUUCCAUUAAUAUUGAUAAUAAGUUAGAUUUCUUGGUUAAGAUCAUUGCUAUGGCAGCGCUUGUUCAUCACAGUUUUCCAUUAGAUAAAGCACCUCCAAAGCCUCCCUUUCAGACGCAUUUCUGUGUUGUCUCUAAACCAAAGGAUUGUAUUUUUCCAUGUGAUUUCAAAGAAGUCAUUAAGAAAAAGAAUAUAAAGGUUGAGGUUGCUGCGACAGAAAGAACCUUGCUAGGAUUUUUCCUUGCAAAAGUUCACAAAAUUGACCCUGAUAUUCUUGUGGGUCAUAAUAUUUGUGGUUUUGAACUGGAGGUGCUACUGCAAAGAAUUAACGAGUGCAAAGUUCCUUACUGGUCCAAGAUAGGUCGGCUGAGGAGAUCCAACAUGCCAAAACUUGGGAGCCGGAGUGGAUUUGGUGAAAGAAAUGCUACCUGUGGCCGAAUGAUAUGUGAUGUGGAAAUUUCAGCAAAAGAAUUGAUUCAUUGCAAAAGCUACCAUUUGUCUGAACUUGUUCAGCAGAUUCUGAAAGCUGAGAGGAUUGUAAUUCCAACAGAAAAUAUACGAAACAUGUAUAGUGAAUCUUCUCAUCUGUUGUACCUGUUGGAACACAUCUGGAAAGAUGCCAGAUUUAUUUUGCAGAUCAUGUGUGAGCUAAAUGUUCUUCCAUUAGCAUUGCAGAUCACUAACAUCGCUGGGAACAUUAUGUCUAGGACACUGAUGGGCGGACGAUCUGAGCGAAACGAGUUUUUGUUGCUUCAUGCAUUUUAUGAAAACAACUAUAUUGUGCCUGACAAGCAGAUUUUCAGAAAACCUCAGCAAAAACUGGGAGAUGAAGAUGAGGAAAUUGAUGGGGAUACCAAUAAAUACAAGAAAGGUCGUAAGAAAGCAGCUUAUGCUGGAGGAUUGGUUUUGGAUCCUAAAGUUGGUUUUUAUGACAAGUUCAUUUUGCUCCUGGAUUUCAACAGCUUAUAUCCUUCCAUCAUUCAGGAAUUUAACAUUUGUUUUACAACAGUGCAAAGAGUUGCUUCAGAAGUGCAGAAAGCUACAGAGGAUGAGGAACAAGAACAGAUCCCUGAGUUGCCAGCUCCAAACUUAGAUAUGGGCAUUUUGCCCAGAGAGAUCCGGAAACUGGUAGAGCGGAGAAAACAAGUCAAACAGCUGAUGAAACAGCAAGAUUUAAAUCCAGACCUUGUUCUUCAGUAUGAUAUCCGACAGAAGGCUUUGAAGCUCACAGCGAAUAGUAUGUAUGGUUGCCUAGGAUUUUCGUACAGCAGAUUUUAUGCUAAACCACUGGCUGCCUUGGUGACAUACAAAGGAAGGGAGAUUUUGAUGCACACGAAAGAGAUGGUACAGAAGAUGAAUCUUGAAGUUAUUUAUGGAGACACAGAUUCAAUUAUGAUAAAUACCAAUAGCACCAACCUGGAAGAAGUAUUUAAGUUGGGAAACAAGGUAAAAAGUGAAGUGAAUAAAUUGUACAAACUGCUUGAAAUAGACAUUGAUGGUGUUUUCAAGUCUCUGCUGUUGCUGAAGAAAAAGAAAUAUGCUGCUCUAGUUGUUGAACCAACAUCAGAUGGGAAUUACAUUACCAAGCAGGAACUGAAAGGAUUAGAUAUAGUUAGAAGAGACUGGUGUGAUCUUGCCAAGGAGACUGGAAACUUUGUCAUUGGCCAGAUACUUUCUGAUCAAAGCCGGGACACCAUUGUGGAAAACAUUCAGAAGAGGUUAAUAGAAAUUGGAGAAAAUGUGCUAAAUGGCAGUGUCCCAGUGAGCCAGUUUGAAAUUAACAAGGCAUUGACAAAGGAUCCCCAGGAUUACCCUGAUAAAAAGAGUCUACCUCAUGUUCAUGUUGCACUGUGGAUAAAUUCUCAAGGAGGCAGGAAGGUGAAAGCUGGCGAUACAGUAUCUUAUGUUAUCUGUCAGGAUGGGUCAAAUCUCCCUGCAACUCAGAGGGCCUAUGCACCUGAGCAAUUGCAGAAACUUGAAAAUUUAGCCAUCGACACCCAAUACUACUUGGCCCAGCAGAUCCACCCUGUUGUGGCUCGGAUCUGUGAGCCAAUAGAUGGAAUUGAUAAUGUACUCAUUGCAUUAUGGCUAGGACUUGACUCCACUCAAUUUAGAGUUCAUCAGUAUCACAAAGAUGAAGAGAAUGAUGCUCUCCUUGGUGGUCCAGCACAGCUAACUGAUGAAGAGAAAUACAAGGAUUGUGAAAAAUUCAAAUGCCUUUGUCCUUCAUGUGGAACUGAAAAUAUUUAUGAUAAUGUCUUUGAAGGCUCGGGAAUGGAUAUGGAGCCCAGCUUGUAUCGUUGCAGUAAUGUUGACUGUAAGGAUUCACCGUUGACCUUUAUAGUACAGCUGAGCAACAAAUUGAUCAUGGACAUUAGACGUUGCAUUAAAAAGUACUAUGAUGGCUGGUUGAUAUGUGAAGAGCCAACUUGUUGCAGUCGCCUUCGACGUCUUCCCCUUCAUUUCUCCCGAAAUGGGCCUCUGUGUCCAGUCUGCAUGAAAGCUGUGCUUAGACCAGAGUAUUCUGACAAGUCCCUGUACACCCAGCUGUGCUUUUACCGGUACAUUUUUGAUGCGGACUGUGCACUGGAAAAACUUACUGAACAUGAGAAAGAUAAAUUGAAGAAGCAGUUUUUUACUCCCAGCGUUCUUCAGGACUACAGAAAAGUCAAGAACAUAGCAGAGCAGUUCUUGUCCUGGAGUGGCUACUCUGAAGUGAACCUCAGCAAGCUCUUCGCCAAUUAUGCUGGGAAGUACUGAGAGACCCAGGAAAGAAGCAAGGAAGCUAGCUGCGGGACCUGAGCUUCUGAGGCCUCUGCUGCCCUAGCUGCCUCUCCAGUAUCUUGCUUUUCUUUUGAGGACUACAUGCUGUGUUGAUGGAGAUGUGAACCAGGGUGGCAGUGUAAAAAUGCUUAACUUGCUGAAUAGUUUUCAAAGCACUGUACGCCACCAAAUCCUUUCCUAAGUACCUAAAGACCUAUAUUUUAUUGGGGACUGGAUUUCUGCCGCACAGAAAUUGCUACUUUAAUUAAGAGUAUGUGAGAUGUAAGUGACCUUCAGUUUACCCUGGGGCUAUAUCAGAGACACCCCUAAAAAGAGUUUUAUGGGGUCUAAUGGAAAUUCUAACAUUUUGCUUUUUCACGUGUCAAUUAAACCCAGUCUGUGUCUAAAUACCUGUUUAGUUACUAGCUCCAAGCGUGGCUGAUUUCAGUGCUGUCUUUCAUAUAACUGGUGCAGGUGGUGGGAGGGGGUGUGGUGGAGGGAUUUAGAAAGUUUACACUUACUAAAUACAAAGAGCAAGUUUGCUUAUUGAAUUGUUCAAAGUUCAACAUUCACCAGAUGUUUCCUUCACAUUCCUUCUGUUCUCCCUUUACAUAGAUUGUUCAAAGUGGAGGUUUAUACAAUAGGAACGCACAUUUUAAAUACUUUGUCCUAACAUUUCAAAAAAAUUAUGGUGAGGUUGUGGUAAGGAUCACUGUGUUCCAUUCAGAAGGAUGGGAGAAGCCGACAGGACCCAGCGCUUGCUAUGUUUCGUCAGUUCUUCAGAAUAGUCGUCUCUUUGAAGCAAUAAACUAUAUUUCAAUAUGGCAGCCUUAAAAACUUAUCUAUUUGUCUUUUUAUGAAGAAAAAUGUAUUGUGUUCUGUACUUAAGAAUAAAGUUUUCUAAAGGAAAA